AUUUGGAUCGGGAUGCUGAUGCUACCAAGCUGUGAACUGGUUCUGUUGGCAUUGUUGGAGUUUCUUUUUCCUCAAACGAAAUGGUAGAUAAAUGGCAUUGAUAGGAAUAUGAAUUCCGCUUUGUGGCGACAGCGACAGCUACUUAAGAGGUCAAAUCAACCACGAAUUCUAAUUUCUUUCUACUCUUUAUUUCAUUAAGCGAUAUUUUAUAUUCUAUCUAUUAAUAUCAAUUCGACAUGUCUCACCUUCAAUACUACGCAUACGAAGGUCAUGGAGUCCGCCAACAGCAGGCCUUCCGCUACAGCCAGGCCGUCCGCGUUGGAGACCGAAUUGAAUGUGCAGGACAGGGCGGCUGGGAUCCUAUAACCGGGAAAUUUGAAAAAGAAAUCAACAACCAGAUCGACCUGGCCUUUUCCAAUGUUGAGCGCUGCCUGAAAGACGCAGGAGGCAAAGGCUGGUCGCAGGUCUACCGGGUGAAUUCCUACCAUGUUCCAAUCAACAACGAGGCGUUGGCAGCUAUGGUGAGGAAUUUUAAAAAGUACAUGCCGGAUCACCAGCCGAUUUGGACUUGUGUUGGUGUUACUCGUCUUGGGGAGGAUGAUAUGCGUGUGGAGAUUGAGGUCGUGGCUCAUGACCCGGAAGGAGGCAGUGUGUAAGAAACUCUCGGUCUUACAGGUGAUUCUAGUAGAUGCAAGGACAGAUCAUUCUAUGUAAUACUAUUAUUGAAGAACCUGG